AUGCCGUCGAUGACGCGGAGUCGAACGGACUCGCCGAACGCGAUCGCGGCGAUCGCGGUGGACGUCGCGGUGCGAGCGCUGGGAGGGAGGCGGGCGACGGAGGCGGGGACGGCGAGCGACGAGGCGAGCGAGGUGGUCGACGCGUUGUUGCCCAGGGUGACGCGGUUGAGCGUGCGAAAGCGAUUGUCGGGGCGGGGGGGGAAGAGUGAUAGAGAGGGACGGGUGGGGGCAGACGAGAUGGGGUUCGACGCGAUGGAUGCGGAUACGUUGUUCGGGGAAAGAUCCACGGAGGGGUCGCUUCGCGGAGGCACGGCGAUGUUUCACGAACGAAAAAACUCGUUCGAUGGGGAAAUUAAAUUUGAAUCGGCGUUGCCGACGGCGUCGGACGAUGCGGUGAUUCCGACCGAGGAGGGUGGGCGGCGACCGCCGACGCCGGGUAAGACUCGCCCUUGGUUGAAGGAAUCGCGAGCGACUCCGAUGCAAGUCGACGACGAGCGAGCGAAGACUUGCGGCGACGCCGUGCCCAGUAUUUUGGCUUCGCCGAAGAGAAACGGAUCCAUGCUGAUCCUGAAUGCGGAAGAUCACGAUACAAAGAUGCGCUGCGUGGGAACGCCGACGUUGGUGCCGCGCGCGCGUCGCGCCGAAGUCAAUUCCCCGACGUUGGUUGGGGUCGAAUCGCCGUCGGCGGGUACGCCCUCCGAACAAUCCAUCGAGACGUCUGACCACAAGCCGUUCAGUCGUAGCGCAUCCACGCUGUCGACGGUAUCUCUCGCCUCGGCGUUCAGCCCGGUCUCUCGACCGAUGUCGAGGAAUGCAUCCCAAGAAGACCUCAGUAAAUGA